AUGAAGGACGCUGCUCCAGAGCUGAACGUGAGCAGCUCAGAAGCUGAAGAGGAAAGGGAGGAAAACAAGCCAGAGGGGGAGCAAGACCCAGAUUUUAACCAGACCAACGGUGGUGCGAAACGCCAGAAGAUCUCGCACCAGAGCUACAUCGCUUACCAAAAGCAGGGCAUCAGGCGAAGCACCCGGCACCGGAAAGUCAGAGGGGAGAAAGCGCUGCUUGUUUCCGCUAAUCAGACGCUGAAAGAGCUGAAAAUACAGAUCAUGCAUGCAUUUUCAGUUGCUCCCUUCGACCAGAAUUUGUCGAUCGACGGGAAGAUACUGAGCGAUGACACCGCAACCCUCGGCAGCCUGGGAGUCAUCCCCGAGUCCGUCAUUUUAUUAAAGGCUGAUGAACCAAUUGCAGAUUAUGCGGCGAUGGACGACGUUAUGCAAGUCUGUAUGCCUGAAGAAGGAUUUAAAGGGACUGGUUUACUGGGACACUGA